AUGAAAUGGCUUCCCCCGAAGAAGGGAUUUGUGAAGCUUAACUUUGAUGGAGCUUAUAGAGGGAAUCCGGGGAAGUCUAGGGUUGGGGUGUGCAUUCGAGAUUGGUUAGGUAAUGUGAAAGCUUACAAGUUUGUGCCAAUACCACCAGGGACAAAUAAUAUUGUAGAAGCAUUAGCUUUAUUUGAGGGAAUUUGGUCUGGGGGUUUGGAUGUGGAGAUAGAUGUUGAGGGUGGGAGGUCAUUUGGGAAUGUGUCGCCUUCUGGUGAGGAAAAUUUGAUUACAAGUCAGAGCAAGGAUGGGAUAAGGCAGAAUUUGCAGCAGACGGGUUGGGAGGAGGUUGAAAAUGUGUCCCAUAAUGAUACACCUCUGGGAAAUUAG